AAAAAAAAUAACAAGUCUUUGUGGUAUGCGCAUAUGUGGUUGAUAUUUACAUUUUACAUUUGACGUCAUCCUAACAAUUCAACUUUUUAAAAGAAAAAACAACAAGGCUUAAGGUAUGUCAAAAUCGACAACUAUACGGGAAGCUUUAGGGAAGUUAGCAGAAAAAACACACGGAAAGAAAUUGUCUGAUAUUACCGAUGUAUUAUUGAACGCUCAAUACCCUCCCAUUGAAAAAAUGGAUGCAAAUCUUUCACAAUUGACUGCUUGUUCUAAACUAUCCUUAUCAACCAAUUGUAUCGAAAAGAUAUCAAACUUACACGGUCUACGAAAUUUACGUAUACUUUCUCUGGGUCGUAAUCAAAUUAAAAGUUUAUCUGGAGUUGAGGCUGUAGGAGAAACUUUACAAGAAUUGUGGAUAUCGUAUAAUUUGAUUGAAAAAUUGAAAGGUGUUGGUAAUUUGAAAAAACUGCAAGUUCUAUAUAUUAAUCACAACCUCGUUAAAGAUUUGACUGAAGUUCAAAGGUUAGCCGACGUACUCAGCUUAAGGGAGCUAACCAUGAUAGGAAAUCCUAUUGAAGAAAAACACUCAAAUGAAGGAGAUUGGAGAGAUUUAAUUAGUCAAAAGCUUCACCAAAUAAAGCAACUAGAUAGCAUUCCUUUGAUUAGGAUGGACAAUUAAAUUUUGAUUAUUCUAUAUUAUUUAUAUAGUGGACAAUAUUUGACUAUUUCUGAAUUAAAAUAGCCUUUUAAUCGUUGUAAGAAGAGAUUUGAAGUGUUCGUUGUUGCGAGAAUAAUAAAGGCCAACUUGUUUGCAGUUCAUUGAACAUACAUAGAAAAUAGGGGGAAUCAAGCGCUUAACUUAUAUUGGCUAUUACUGCUUGAUCUAUUUCCAUAAAAGAAAGUGCCAAGUCUUGAAAAGGGUGAUCUGUAGACCCUUUCCUAUUUUAGUGGUGCAAAUUUCCGUCUCCUCUAUACUUAAUGCUCUUUUUUUGAAUACCCUACUUCAAAGCCUUUACAUUCAAUUAACA